AAACAACACAACGCGCCAUCUAUCUGGCAAACUAGCUACUCAACUUGCAUUUUCUACAAAUGUCUAAAAUAAAUUUCUUUAGGGUUUUCCUCAACGAGAGAUUAACAGCUGCUGCUGAGGAGAUAUUCGGGGUUGUUGAAAAAACUAUUGCAGGGUAUGAGGAGGAAGUGAUCCGUCUACAGAGUCUGCUCGACGUUGACAUUGUUGUUCAACCUGAGAUAAACCCACACAGAGCAGAGACUGGACAUUAGCGAGUAAUAUACUCUGAAGCGGUGAGUGGUGUGCGCGCCUCCGAAGUCUGACCAGAAGGCCGCUCCGUCUACCUCUUCUGUGGCGAUGUAGUUUUGGGUCAGCCUCUGGAAUCAAUUCAGAUGCCCUGGGUGGUUUGGACAAAGGAUCCGCUUCGGGAAAGUCGUAUUCCUGGUCGUAGUGCUGAUGUCCAGCAGCUCAAUCUCUCUGUCUCUGAAGAGGAGGUUCCCCCUGAGCAGCAGCAGUGUGAGCAGGAGUGGAGCCCCAGUCUGGGACAGGAGGACCCAGAACCCACACAGAUUAAAGAAGAGCAGGAGGAACUCUGGACCAGUCAGGAGGAAGAGCAGCUUCAAGGGCUUGAGGCAGAUACCAUAGAAUUCAUAUUCGAUCCUGUCGGUGUGAAAAGUGACCGUGAUGGAGACCCAACUCAGCCCUCACAUCUCUAUCAAGCCCAAAAGGAGGGAAACGGAGAGAGAGAAACUCUACCCAGUACUACAACUGAACAGAUCAAAGCAGAACCUGAUGGAGAGGACUAUAGGGAAUCAGAACCAACCAGUGUCUCUCAGCCUUUCUCUGCUGUAAAUCCAGACUGUUCUGCAGUUCAGAAUGAAAACAGUCAAAGUGUCAGUGGUAUGGAGACUGGAGGACCUCAAUCAGGUUGUAAAUCAGUCAAAUCAAAAAGAACAAAGAUGGUAAAAGGACAAAUGUCUCAUAUCAAAACUAAGGGUAGGAAAUCUUCACAGUUGUCCCUCCUGAAAUCACCCCGUCAAAGUAAUUCUACUCCCUGUUUUUGUAAGGUGUGUUGUAAGUCUUUUCAUCACAUGGGUUCAUUAAUUAAACAUGUGCGAACUCAUAGAGAUAAAGAAGGUAUUUGUGGUGUUUGUGGAAAAUGUUUUCAGUCCACAGAAAGUAUGGAAGAUCACUUCCAAACUCACAUUGCAGCUAGUUUUUGUUGUGAUGUUUGUAGUAAAUGGUUCAGCAAGAACAGUAAGCUGAUAGUGCACAUGAGAAGCCACACAGGGGAGACUCCAUUUCAUUGUUGUCAUUGUGGCAAAGGAUUCAAACAGAAUGGAAGUCUAAAAAUACACAUGAGAAUUCACACAGGGGAGAAACCUUUUUCAUGCCCUAUUUGUGGUACAUGUUUCAGUCAGAAUGGAGAUCUAAAAAUACACAUGAGGAUUCACACAGGGGAGAAACCAUAUAGCUGUUGUCAUUGUGGCCAAGGAUUCAACCAGAAGGGAAAUCUAAAAACACACAUGAGGACCCACACAAGGGAGAAACCUUAUCGCUGUCAUGAUUGUGACCAAAGAUUCAGCACUGGCAGCGCUCUGAAAAGACACAUUAUGAUUCACACAGGGGAGAAGCCUUUUUGCUGUCCUGAUUGUGGAAAAACAUUUAAUCGGAGUGGACAUGUAAAAUUACACAUGAGGACCCACACAGGGAAUAAAUAAUAUCAUUGCCAUUUGUGGCAAAGGUUUCAGCACUAGUGGCUUUCUGAGAUUAAACAUUAGGAUUCAUACUGGAGAGAAACAGUAUCCAGAGUGACUGUGGUAAAGGAUUCUGCACUGGCACCAAUCUGAAAAUGCCCUUAAGGACUCAUAGAGGAGAGAAUAGAUACCCUCAAUUUAGAAAAUGAUUUCCCCAAUCAGAUACAUUAAAUAACAAUCAGACACAAUGAGAAAACACUGUCUUUCAUUUCAAAUUGAUAGAACAGUCACUAGAGGGAGAACUUCAUGGUGUGCUGUUUGGGGAAAGGUCUGGAGACAGAAGAUUGAGAGUCACAUUGUAACUUCCACUUGUGAGAGGAGAUGUCCCUCAGAACACUACUCGUGGAUGAAUAAGAUAUGAUGGAAUUACUGCUUGAACGUAAGAACUCCAUCACUAACAGAGAGCAGUUGUUAGUUAUAGGAUGACAUAAGACAUUUGGGAAACUGUCCUCCUUUUGUACUUAAAACAUUUUUUUUUUUUUAUCUUCUACAUUAUGUACACUGAGUGUACAACAUUAGGAACACCUGCUCUUUCCAUUAAAUAGACUGACCAGGUAAAACCAAGGUGAACGCUAUGAUGCCUUAUUGAUGUCACUUGUUAAAUCCACAUCAGUGUUGAUGAAGGGGAGGAGACAGGUUAAAGAAGGGGCCUGCAACUAAAUGUUAAGGUGUUCCUAAUGUUUUGUAUACUCUAUGCUUUGAUGUUAAAGUACUUUUUACUAUCAGUUACUUUGGCUUUGUGUCCUUCAGUGUCCACGAGAGCUGGAAGAAUCCUGUACACAUGCCAUUUUAUUAUUAGUUUUAUGAGCCUGUUGCCAAUAUCCACUGAGGGGAAAAUUUCACUAGCGUUAAGAAAACCUGUGAAAAACUCAAGUGGAACCGUUCAUAUAAAUUGGCCUUGUGAAACAUGUUUUUCUUCAUCCAGAAAUUCUGUUUUUUUCCACAACAGAAUAAAUGCUGAUAACCUUGUUCAUUGAAGUGUCUUUACCUGCUCUCUUGACAGUGUUCAAUUAUCAGUUGAUCUUGUGUUGCUAGAAAGCUCCAUUUAAACAAAACGUUUAGAUUAAGUGUGUUUAGAUUAAAGUGCAUUUUUAAACAUUGGAAACAUCUAAAUAAAGGUUUGAUUUUAUUAUCUAAUCAGAAAUCAAUAAAAUUGAUAUGCAUUUUAAAACA